AAGGGUGACAUUGUGAGUGGCUGUGUCAUGGCUUAGUCCCUUCAAGGCUGCGACCUGGUGCUUGCCCCACUGCCACCUUUCAUUCCUUAGUGUUUGGCGGGGCAGUCCCAGCAAGCCUCCCGUCCAGACUCUGGGCCCCAGGAGGCCGCCUGCCCGCUGGCUCUCAGGGCAGCCGUAAAUGUGCAUCACAUGAGCACAUGCAGAGAGCGCCAGGGUAUCGGUAAAGGAAAGGGCUGGACUCCCUCCACGGUACAGACCGCCCACUUUGAUUUUAGUCUCAAAGAGUGCACUUAGUAGAGUCCAGCUGCGUGCAUGGUGCAGUGCUCAGUGGGGCGGGGACGCUGGGACUGCAGGGAGGGACUGAUACCCUGCGGCCACGUGGCGGCCCUGCCCCAUCUUCAGCCGAGGCCUGCCCCUCCCCUUCCCCCCUUCCUCUCUUUCAUUCAUUCCUUCCUCCCGUCCAGCUGUCUCUGCUCCGGCAGCCCCUUCCUCUCCUAUUAACCAUCCUGCCCUUUGGCUGUGAUGAGGACACUCCUCUAGCCCAACCAUCCUUGUCUCCCCACUACAUCUGUAUUAAAAUCCUACCUCUGGGGCUUCCCUGGUGGCACAGUGGUUGAGAGUCUGCCUGCUAAGGCAGGGGACAUGGGUUCGAGCCCUGGUCUGGGAGGAUCCCACAUGCCGCGGAGCAACUAGGCCCGUGAGCCACAACUACUGAGCCUGCGCGUCCGGAGCCCGUGCUCCGCAACAAGAGAGGCCGCGAUAGUGAGAGGCCCGCGCACCGCGGUGAAGAGUGGCCCCCGCUCGCCGCAACUGGAGAAAGCCCUCGCACAGAAACGAAGACCCAACACAGCAAAAAUAAAUAAAUAGACAAAUGUGGGGUUUGGAAAAAAAAAAAUCCUACCUCUGGACCUGGCCUUCAGGACCCUCCGUCACUCUCCCCAACCAGUCCCCUCCCCCUGACCCAUCUCCCUCCUCCUUCUCUCAGACCCAAAGGCAGGUGUUCCCCAAACACGCCCUGAGUGUCCCUGCCGCCCUGCUCAUGACGCCACAGGUCCCUCCGAUGCCUGCUCCCACCUUUGAAAGCCUGUCUCAGACGCCCCUUCCCCAGGACACCUCCCGAUGCCUCAGCUGGCAGCCAGUUCUUGUUCCUCUGCCACCAUGGUGUCAUAUCUGCAUUGCCUUGAUGGGUCCUCUGAACGUGAAUUUUCUGAGGCCAGACCCUUAGCAUCCUCUCUCGGCACCUACUGGGUACAAGUCCACAAUGUACUUCUGAACUGAGUAAAUGAAUGAAAGAAGCUACUGACCAGUCUUGCCCUUUGUAGCUUGCCUGGGGCAGAAGAGUUAACACCAGUUCAACAAACAUUAGUGCAUGCUGGGUACUCACCAGGCACCGAUGUGUAGUCGUUGGAGAAACAGACAGGAUUCCUGCUCUCCUGGGGGUUCCAGGCAUCUGAGCGUGCUGGGAACAUGGGACCACAAAGCACACUGUGGCUCAGGAGGCGACCCUGAAUCGAGGCCUGAGCAGGCAGUGUCCGCUGGGUACCUGGGGUGGCGCAGGCACUGCGGAGGAGAGAGGAGGGAUGUUCGGGAGGGCUCAGGGACACUCGUGUGAAAGGGAGGUGAACACAAGCUCUCCGAAGCCCCUCUGCGCCUCUGGCCUCUGGGCAGGAGGAAAGGCCCCCCAGGCAAGUCCUCAUGGGGCUCUCCUGUCACAGCUGCUCACCAAAGAUGCAAAGCAGAGGCUGGGCUGCCAGGAGGAAGGGGCAGCAGAGGUCAAGAGACACCCCUUCUUCAGGAACAUGAAUUUCAAGCGCUUAGAAGCCGGGAUGUUGGACCCUCCCUUUAUUCCAGAUCCCCGGGCCGUGUACUGCAAGGACGUGCUGGACAUCGAGCAGUUCUCCACCGUGAAGGGCGUCAACCUGGACCACACAGACGACGACUUCUACUCCAAGUUCUCCACGGGCUCCGUACCCAUCCCUUGGCAAAGCGAGAUGAUCGAAACGGAGUGCUUUAAGGAACUGAAUGUGUUUGGACCUAACGGUACCCUCUCACCGGACCUGAACAGAGGCCACCCUCCGGAACCGCCAAAGAGAGGGCUGCUCCAGAGGCUCUUCAAGCGUCAGCAUCAGAACAAUUCCAAGAGUUCAGCCAGUUCCAAGACCAGUUUUAACCAUCACAUAAAUUCAAACCAUGUCAGUUCAAACUCUACCGGAAGCAGCUAGCUGCAGCUCUGGCCUGAAGUCCACGGUGGGACCAGCCUAGACCCUUCUCCUUAGAAGCGGACUUGUGACCGGUGGAGCUUCCGCCCUGGCGGGCGGGCGGGGGAGCCCUCCAGGAGCCGGGGAAGGAGGCCGUCCAGCCCCGAGAUGGGGAGCCUCCAGGUUCCUCAAAGAGAUUUCCACUCAGGUCUGUGUUCGGAGGCGGCCCUCAAGCCAAGGUGGAUUGGCUGUGUCUCUGUCGAACAUUGCAAUAGAAAUCCAAUUGGAUACAACUUGCACGUAUUUUAACAGCGUCAUAACUAGAACUGAAUUUUGUCUUUAUUAUUUUUAAAGAAAAGUUUUGUAAAUUUCUCUAUUGUUUCAGUUUACAUUUUGUAUAUUUGUAUUUAAAUGAAAGUCAGACUUUGAGGGUGUAUAUUUUCUGUGCAGCCACUGUUAAGCCAUGUGUUUUAAGACAUUUUAGAGGGGUGGUGGGCGGGGAAGGGUGUUAAAAAAAAAAAAAAAUGUGACUCAAGACUUCCAGAGCCUCAAAUGAGAAAAUGUUUUUAUUAAAUGUAGAAAAUGAUUCCCAUUUCACCUUUAAAGGAUUGAUUGUAUCCAUCUCUAUAACCUUUCCCUCCCUCGCAUUGGUAUCGCCGUUCUGUUGGCUUGUAACAAUCUGAAUUAAAUGCUCAAAGACCCACUGGGACUUCACGCCCAGCCAGGAUGUCUUCCGUUGGGGUCCAUGGAGUUGCCUGGGCCCAGCUCCGUCAAGAUGUGCACUUUUCCUUUGGGGGCACACGAUGCCACUGUUGCUUUGGCCUCGGCCUCCUCUUCCUUCUGGAAGGCGGCCGGUACGUGGAGCUGAGGGUCUUCAGCCCAAGCGUGUCUAGGCCUCUUUCUUCCUGAGUCGGUUCUGACUGCUAAAGCCAGUAUGUUUUCAAGAGGCUUGCAUUUAUUCUAGUUUUAAGAGACACAAAGCAACGAUAAAGAGUAGUCAUGGAACCCCAAGAGUCCCAAACGCUUACGGCCCACAGAAGCAUCAGGGAGCGGAGGUCUUGGGCUUGUAGAGGAGAAGGUGGCUCUCCCAGGAUCUCUGGGCAUGUCCGUUGAGUGAUUACGGGGUCAUAGGGCCUUGAGAGCUUCCUGGGGUCCCGCAGAUUCAUUGGCUCAGGUGGCAUGGAUGCAUGAGGUUGGCUCUCCAAGCAAAUGGGAGAGGCCGGGCCACCCACAGAAGCUCAAGAAAAACUCACUGUCCCUUCUGGGAGAGGUGAAGCAGAGGCGAGCUCUCAUCGGGCAUCUCAGAGCUCCAGGCACAAGUGGCCCCAGGAGAACUUGGUGGCUUUGCCAGACCAGGGUCUCUAAAGGCAGCCCCCAGGCCCUUUGAGCAGGGCUGUCCAGCCCCAGCGAGCGGCCAGCCUCCCCCUGCUGCCUUCACAAGGUGACAGGGAGCAAAUCUGUCUUUGCCUCCCCUCCGGGACAGGGUGAACGGUCAAUUCCCUGCUCCCCUGCCUGCCACGUCAUCCUCAGUCAGACCUGGUCUCAGCCACCGGGCAGCUGCCGGGGUUUCUCCCGGCAUGGGCCCUGCACUUCCUGCAGCAGCAUCUCCGGUGAAAAUACAGAUUCUGGGUUCCACCCCAAACCUACGGAAUGGGAUUCCCUGGGAGUAGGGCCCAGGAAUCUGUAUCUUUAAAAAGCUCGCCAGGCCAUUCUGAUGCACCCUGGAGUGUGAGAACCACUGCCUUGGGCCAUCGGGGGGGCUUUUGAUGUGAUCCUCCCAAACUUAUUUCUCUAGAUGACCAGGCAACUUUGGAGCCUGAGGUUUUAGGGAGGAGAGAGAAGCCAGCGUGUCAGCCUGGUGUCCCAAUUUCCAUGCUCCUUCCCUAAACUUUGCCAUCGGGUCCUGAGGCUAGACAGGGGCCUGACCGUUGCAACUGACCAUUCUGAGGUCAUUUUACAAGCAAAGAGAAGAAAAGAAACAGUUGGGGCUCCCUUAGAUCCCUUUAAUGUGCAGUAUUAUUUUCUUCAAGACCAGCUCUUGUCUCCGAGGCUGCUUCCGUUACCUUUCUUGAGCUGAGUACAAGAUUAAUACAAACAGCCGUAUUCAGUUUUUGCUGAGGAAGUGGAAAGCUCUUUGACCAGUAUUUCAAGAUCCUCAAGCUCUUACUGACCCUUCUCAAUGAAAAGAAGGACCGUCAUCUUCCUGGGACAGUCAGUAGUCCACGCCACCACCCUCCUGUCCAGAAAUUUCGUUCAUUUUGCCCGAUUCACAGCAACUCAUACCAUUCCAAACGGACUGGUGUGGAGCAGCCAGUCUCUUUACACCUCAAAGCCAACACACCGUCCGUUUGCGGUAGAGAAUCCUCAAGAAGCAAGAAAGAAAACAUAAAUCUGCUCAGUGUGUUUCUACAUCGUGAGAGCACGAGGCUAAAGCACAGAACUUUGCGUGCCUCUUAGGAUAACGGGAGUCUUCCUUCACCCUCGCCACCUGUCCCCUGAGCGCCCCAAAGUGUACAGGGUCAGAGUCACUGGCGUUUGCAAUCCUCCUCUUCCUUUCAGUCCAGUGCUUUGUACAGAGAAGGGGCGUCUUCAUUUAGAACAGUGCCUGAAAGCCAGCCCCCUUCCCUCUGGGUCCCAAGUUGCCACAGGUCCUGUCCCUGGACCCCCCCGCCCCGCCCCGCCGCCAACCUCUACUCCAGCUUGUUUUCUAUGGCUGCAUUUUUAAAAAGAUUUUUUUAACUAAAAAAAAACCCAAAAAACCUUCCCACCAUCUACCUGUCCAGGAGGAGGCAUAUUUGGGCAGCAAGUGGAUUUAAAUCUUUUUACUGCAUUUGAGCUCUUCACGGAAGAGACUUUCUUCCCCCAGGCAUGACGUUUUUCUCACCGGACCUUCUCUGACUUCGUGCCUUUGAGGUGAGACGCAGGGUCUUGCAGAAGCACCUCUGCUUCCCCUUUUCAGGAGCCAAGCCGCUGUCCCCAGUGGGACGGGGGUGGUCUCUGCCGUGAUCACCAUGACCUGUGAGUGUUUCUCAAGCCCCCUGGGCGGCUCCCAUGAUUAUCACCCACAAGAUCACAAAGACCCAGCCCCACCUUCACGGAGGAUGGCACCACCUCCCACAUCAACUCAUCCUCUGAUCUUUCUAGGCCGGGAACAUCACUCUUUAAACCACAAGGCUUCUUGCGAGGGCGGCUGACUUGCACAGUAGCUAAGGGUUGCUCUGUCUUGAGCCGCCCCAGGAGGGCUUGUUUCCCGAAAUGCACUGCUCUUAACAAAGGCGAGCGCUCAGUCUUGGAGGCCAUGCUGCACGGAAGGAAGCGGUGUGGCCUGGGGUAUGCACGCUUCUCAGGCAGCCCACGGGGGCAAAUGGCAGUGAGUUCUGGGGACACGUAUGUGGACGUGGCCUCGGCAUUGAAAGCACAAGUGAGAUGCGGCUGCCUGCCCUUGAACCUAGCAAUCCUUGGUGAUGCUGAGGGCCUGGCCUCCGAGAGGCCAGGGGUCAAGGAGCCCAGCCCUCCGUGGAAGCUCCUCCUCACCCUUCUACACCCCUGUCCUUUCCCCCAAAAUUUUCCCACCAACUUUCUCAUGCAAACUGCUGACCCAGACCUCAAUACAGAGGGAGCACUGCAGCCUCCUUGAGCCUGGUAGCCCAGGCCUUGCCAAAGGGGACAGCGGCCUUGCGGACCACCAAAAGUCCCCCGAGGUGAAGAGGAAACGCCAGUCGGGAUGACACCCAGCUCUCCUCUGGGGCUGCUGUGUGCUUGCGUAUCCGAGGGCAACCCCUCUGGUUGUCUCCUGUUCUCUAGCUCCACAGUCUGAGGUAGGACAUCCUAACUUUUUAGGCUUUGUAUGGAAAGAGUGUGAAAUCUUUGUGCAUUUCCAAGCGCAGAACUGAGUCAUGAACGGCAGAGAGCUCGCUUUCUGAUCACAACAGACCACGAUGGUGACACCUCGUCCCCCUAGGCACCUUCUGUACCUACUUUUAGGACCAACCAGCCCAGCUUUUGAAGCUCCAACGUGUAGGGGUCAGACCCUGCUCAGGUGCAGGUACCUCGUCUGGUCUAACUUUAAAGGCUUGUGCUGUGGACAGUGGCUAAAACCUCUGAAACACUAGCUCUCCUUAGGAGGGAAAGACACGCCCCCAAAGAAGAAUCUAGAUGUCUUUCCCUGGUCCAUCACUAAGUCAUUUUUGUAAUAGAUCAAAAGCAAGUGUUCUCAAUGAGAAGAGCUUAGUGGCUGUUAAAAUAAUUAGUGUCAAAAUAAUAAUCCUUCUAGUAUCCAAAGGUUUCUAUUUCUUUUUCAGGGAAAUUUUAACAUUGAUGCAUAAAAAUAGUUCCAUUUUGGAGGUCAUUCCUGAAGAUAACGGCUUUUGUUCUCCUGCUGCUCUUGAACCUUUGUAUGUUCCCUCGAAUAUGUCACAGUGCUGCUGUAUCUAGAUCGAACCACUGUUGUUGUUUUUUUAAGAGAAAUAAAUUCCUUAAUGAAAA